AGGCGCCACGCUCGCGCGGGUGGCCGCUGGAUCGUGCGGUCAAUGGGAAUCUUUUGUCCAAGAAAAACCCCUGCGUAACUGAACCCAGAGACCAUCGCUGAAGAAUUAAGACUCUUAAUCCCGCCCCGCCUUUCCUCCCUCGCUCUCUCCCCAAUCCCUCUCGAAUCCCCACCCAAUCUCAGUCGUUUGUGAGGAUUCCUUCCGCAUGCAGGGAUGGUGUGGACUUUCGGCGCUGGACAAGGAAACGGCGGCCGCCUAGGCGGUGGAACCGCUGGUUUCGGCGCCGGCGCUGGCCCGUUCGCCGGCAACUUCGGCAGCGGCAGGGAUAAUGCCGGCCAGAUCGUGUUUGGUGACGGGAGCGGAUUCGGUGGCCGUGGCGGUGGCGGUGGCCCCAGGUUCGGCCAGCAAGCCGGCUCCCCUGCUCACCUGGCGGCCGCACUUUCUUCUGGUAUCGUGGCCGGCGGCGGAUCUCAAGGCGGACAAAUUACUGUCGAGAAGGUCCCGGGCUUUCGUAUGCGCGUUGAUUCAGAUGAUGAUGAAAUGUCCGACCACGAUUGGCCAGCCUCUUGGUUUCGGGUGGUAGAGCGGCCCAUCAAGAAGCAAAAACAUGAAGAAAAAACAUCUCUCUUCAGCUUUCAGAAGCAGCGGGAUUGCCCGGACUCUUGGUCCAAACUUCCCUCGAAUAAGAAGAAGAAGAAGAAGAAGAAGCAGCAGCAAAAACAUGAAGAACCAUACACCCUGAGCUUGGAUGAGCUGCAGGAGUUUAUAGCGACCUGGAGGGAGCCGUGCCUUCAACAUCCAGUUGACAGGAUCCUGGAAUCCAUGCUAAAGACCUAUGACUGUGACACGGUAACCCCAGAACAAAUGAACAGAGUGAAAACAAUAUUCACGCAAUACCCUUCCAUUGGCUUGCUCAAUGCUGCUGUUAGAUUAAUCGGAGCUCCUUUAUGUCCGUCAUUAGAACUUGACGUUCCUGAAGGCACGGAUCAUAAACCUGGAUGCAGUAAUGAGGGCAGCAAUAAACCCCGAGACAGUGUUCCAAUUGAUGAUGUCAUCAAAAGAACAAUUGCAUAUUUUUAAUCCAACAUUGGAGUAAGUGAAGGAUCUUUGCAACUGAAGAAUAUUUUCUCUCUGAAGAAACUUCAUGAAUGUGAAUCAUGGGUAACGAGCCAUUUUUCAGCCCAUCAAUUUAGUGCUCUUGGCCAUGGGUCUUUCCUUGAGUUUUUGGAUAGACAUGUUCAUCAUUUCCCCCCUAACUGGAGUGGUUUCUUAAAUGGGGAGCUUUCUAGUUCUUCCUCUCUGGAAAUUUGUGUAAUGCAUGAACAAAUUGAAGUUUUACUCUGUCAAGCUGAGAGUAACUGGCUGGAAAAUGGUGAAUUUUCAGUGGAUAGUCUCCUUAUGCUUCUGAAAAGGCAGUUUCCAACAAUCACUGUUGAUAUAGUGCAAAACAAAUUAGGAGGACUCAUUGGCACUGUUGAGGCUCAAAGAAAGAGCAUGCAAACAAACACCAUAAAGUUCUCCAUUGCACUGUUGCAGAAACGCUGGUCUGGGAUUUUGCUAGGUAAUGGUGAUGUGUUGGGGAAUGAUAUUGCUCCACAAUCUUAUCCUAGUUCAGUUUCUUCACAAGAAGCAAUUAAGUGCUUACUCAAGGCUCCCUUCUUGUCUGAUCUUCUUCUUUGGUCAAAUUGGGAUAUGCUGUUUGCUCCUUCACUGGGCUCCUUAAUACAUUGGUUGGUAAAUACAGGUCCAAUUCAAGAUUUGUCAUGCAUUGUGACCAGAGAUGGCAGGUUCGUUAGAAUAGAUCCAUCAGCCACUGUUGAGCAUUUUCUAGAAGCUGUCAUUCAGCAAUCACCGUUUCAAGUGGCAGUGAAGCUGCUAUCCUUGCUACACAUUUACAAUGGUUCUAGCAAUGCUCCAAUUUCGUUACUGAAGUGUUAUGCACAACGAGCAAUAGAUGCUAUAAUGAAUAGCAACAUCGAUUUGACCAGCACUGGUUCUGAAGGGGGGACAAAUAUGUACGAGGAAGUGCAUACACAAAUUGCUGAACAGCAUAGCUUUUCUUCUCACUAUAUUGGUCGUAUUCAAGGAAAUCCUGAGAACACUUGUGUAAGAAAGAUUACGUCUAAAAGCUUAUUAAACAUUGACCACACUCUUCAGUUGAUCGCGAAAUUUAUACUAGACUGUCUUGGCCAUCUACCUUCUGAAUUCUGGAGUCUGGCAGCAGAUAUACUAUUGUCAGGACUUCGGACUGUUACUAAGAAUUGCUAUUCAUCCAUCUUGCAUGCAUGCAAUGAAACUUGGCAGCUUUGCAUGCUUCGCAACAUUGGAUCAUCACUUGGAAUCGCUGAAUGGGUUGAAGAUUGUCCCACAACAUGUCGGACUGAAGAUGCUUAUGGAAACAGAGAAACUAAUUCAUCUUCUUGUCAUGCAUCGGCUGUUUCUGGAGGUCAUCCACAUAAAAAUACUAACAUGCUUACUACCACAGAUGAUAACAUGGUAGUAGUAAAUAAGAGAAGUAAAUCGUCUCCUAGAUUGGAGGCUAUAGAUGAUGAAAAUAUGCAAGUGUUAGAUCAUGAUGGAAGCAAGGCAGAUAUGGCCGAAUUACUAGCUACUAACAAGCCCCCAGCGAUUGAAGAAAUAAAUCUUGAGAAAGCAGCUGUUAUUAUUGAAACUAUACGUCAAGAGGAGUUUGGUUUGGAUCAGACACUAAGUUAUACUGAUGCAGCUUGCUGAAAAAGCAGCUUGCUGAAAAAGCAGCAUGCUCGACUUGGCAGAGCCCUUCAUUGUCUCUCACAAGAGCUAUAUUCUCAGGACUCUCACAUAAUCCUUGAGCUAAUACAGAAUGCUGAUGACAAUACUUAUCUCAAGGAUGUCGAACCAACAUUAGCGUUUGUUCUUCAGGAUGAUGGAAUUGCUGUUCUUAAUAACGAGACGGGCUUUUCUGCUGAUAACAUUAGAGCGUUGUGUGACAUUGGUAAUUCUACAAAGAAAGGGUCAAACAUGGGGUAUAUUGGAAAUAAAGGCAUUGGAUUCAAGUCAGUAUUUCGGGUAACUGAUGCUCCAGAGAUCCAUUCAAAUGGUUUUCAUGUGAAAUUCGACAUUACAGAAGGCCAGAUUGGUUUUAUCUUGCCGACUGCAAUUCCACCUUUUGAUACUAAUCCUUUGAGUAGAAUAUUAUCUCCUGAAGACAGCUACGAUGCAUGCUCCUCCUGGAAAACUUGUAUUUUGCUCCCUUUCAGGUCAAACUUCAGGGAGGGCACUGGUAUGUGCUCCGUCGUGUCCAUGUUUUCAGAUCUUGACCCAUCUCUGCUCUUGUUCCUUCACAGGCUAAAAUGCAUCAAAUUCAAAAAUAUGCUCAGUGAGAAAUUUCUAAUAACGAGAAGAAAAUCUCUUGCCGAUGGCAUUGUGAAAGUCUCACGUGGGAAUGAGACAGUGAGCUGGUUGGUAGUUACUAAGAAAUUACAGGGCUCGCUUGUUCGUCAUGAUGUCUGUAGCACAGAGAUAGCUAUGGCAUUUUCUUUGCAGGAGACAGAGGAUGGAGAAUAUGAACCUUAUUUAAAGCAACAACCUGUGUUUGCUUUCCUUCCUCUAAGGAACUACGGUCUUAAAUUCAUUCUUCAAGGAGAUUUUGUCUUGCCUUCUUCUAGAGAAGAAGUGGCUGUUACAGCCUUGAUGAGUUUUGUGCCUCUACCGGGAGAAGUUCAUGGGUUCUUUUCUCAGCUCCCUCAUUUGAUCCUUUCCAAGUUGCGCCUGACCUGCUGCAUGGUUUUGGAGGGCUCCAGUUUGCAGUGGGUCCACCCAUGCAACACACUAAGGGGUUGGGAUGAACAGGCUAGAAAGAUAUUGCCUGAUACCAUACUCCGUGAACAUCUUCACCUUGGAUAUUUGUCAAAAGAUGUUACUGUAUCCGAUACAUUAUCAAGGGCCUUAGGUAUACAUGAGUAUGGACCGAAAGUUUUGACUGAUGUUAUGUCAUCUAUUUGCCAAACUGAUGGUUGCAUUGAGUCACUGGGACUGGAAUGGCUAUGUGCUUGGUUUGUUACACUUCAUUCGGCGUUGCUGUCUCAUUCUUCUCAGGAUCUUCCCUUUAGAACAAAUUUUGAAAGUGACACUUUAUGUUCUCUCAGGAAAAUGCAAUGCAUCCCACUUUCAGAUGGUUCAUUUAGCUGUAUAGCAGAUGGCCCAAUAUGGUUGAAUUGUGAUCUUCUCGACUCUCCGCCCGGAUCCAAAAUCAGCAUGCAGAGCUUCCCAGUUCUGUACAGUAGCCUUCGCAUUGUGAGCCCACACAUCCUCUCCAUGUCCUGCAAAAAUAGUUACAUUGUCGAAGAGACGAGAACAAAUGACCUUAUAGAUAUUUUAUUGAAAGUUGGUGUGCUGAAGUUGUCUGGACAUGACAUUAUAAAAAAUCACAUCCUGGUGUCAUUGUCUAAUGCUACAGAUGCUAAUCCAGAAGAGAAAAUGAUGACAGAGUAUAUGAGUUUUAUCAUGCUACAUCUUCGGGCCCCCUGUAUAAGCUGCAACCCAGAGAAAGAAGAGAUUGUCUCAGAAUUACGCAAGAUGCCUGUCUUACUUACGAAUAAUGGCUAUAAGUGCCCAGCUGAUGUACCCAUUCACUUCAGUAAACAUUAUGGAAAUUCUGUGGACAUAGGCAAGCUCCUUCAGAAUGUAGAUAUGGCAUGGAUUGAACUUGACACUUGUUAUUUGACACAUCAUAGUUCCGCUUCAUUGCAAUUCAAUUUGCAAAGUUGGAGGCAAUUUUUCGAGCAGUUAGGCGUGACUGAUUUUGUUCAGGUAAUGGAAGUUGAGAAAAAUAUAUAUGAGGCUGAUGACUUUCAAAAUGGUACUCCCUUCCAAGGUGGCAUACCUGAAACACCUUAUAUUGUGUAUGACUGGGAGUCACCAGAAUUGACGACUAUGUUAUCAAUACUCACCUCAAAGAAUUUGCGAGAAAAUUGUAUAUAUCUUCUGAAGGUUCUAGACAAAUACUGGAAUGAUUGUUAUAGUACAAAAUCUAGGAGUCUCACAAAUGCAACAGAUUGUGGUGAAAAGAGAAAAGUUGACUCUUCCUUUAUGAAGUGUCUGUGAAACUUCAAGUGGAUAGCAUCGAGUAUGGAUGAGGACCUUCAUUACGCAAGAGAUCUAUUUUGUGAUUUUAAAAAUGUGCGCUCUCUUCUUGGUAGCGUCGCCCCAUAUGCUAAACCACUGUUAUCAAGCACAUUACUUAGGAAGGAUAUUGGAUUCAAGACAACAGUAUCCCACAGUGACGCUUUAUUGAUCCUCAAUCAUUGGAUAGCAUCACAAACUAAUUUUAGUGCAAGAAUGGACCAGAUGUGCAAAUUCUACACCUUCAUGUCAGAAGGUGCUGCUAGUGGAGAGAUCAACAUUAAACGCGAUUUCCUACCACUCUGCUCUAUAUUUACACCACUGCAUGGUUCACCAUCAACUGAUUCUGUAACCGGGAGAUUUAUGUCUUCAAAUGAUUUGUAUUGGCAUGACCCAACAGGCUGUUGUGAAAAGAUAUAUGCAUCCAUUUUAAUGAAGGGGAAUAUGUUUCCGAGAAAGAUGUUGUCUGUGGCUUAUCCAAGCCUCCAUGAAUUCUUUACUGAGACAUGUGGUGUUCCAAAGAUACCAACGACAUCUGAGUACCUUGAGGUACUGCUUCGGUUAUCAAGUGUUGCAGUGCCUUCACAAGUAGCCAAUCAUGUGUUUCGUGUAUUUGUGAGAUGGGCUAAUGAUCUCCAUUCUGGAAGUUAUAAGAUGGACGAUAUCUUGUUCUUGAAAGAAUCUCUUCAGAAGUUGGAAACAACGGUAUUGCCAACCCUGGGUUGCACAUGGGUGUCCCUCCAUCCAUCUUUUGGUCUUGUUUGCUGGGCAGAUGAUGAUGAGCUGAAGCAGCAAUUUCAGAACACUCGUGAGGUCGAAUUUAUACAAUUUGGUGUACUUUCUCUUGACGACAAACAAAAACUCGAUGGGAGGGUUGCUGCAUUGAUGAACAUUAUAGGUAUUCCGGCACUUUCUAAGGUUGUGUACCGUGAACCAAUGCAUUCUGGUACAGGGAACAACAGAGGAAAGGCUAGUUUACUUAAUUGGCUUUUACCAUAUAUGCAACGUUACAUCUACAAGAUGCAUGGAGAUACUUACAAUAAAUUUCAGCAAAAUGAGGCCACGAAGCUUAGCAGUCUUGAAGUUAUUGUUGUUGAGAAGUUAUCCUACAAGUAUAUGCUGAAAGGACGUGAUAGUUCUUGUGAGGGAAGAUUUGAAUGCUCUUGUCUUUUACAGGGAAACAUUUUAUAUGCUACUCAAGAAGCUGAUUCACAUUCGAUUCUUCUGGAAAUUUCUAAACUUUUCUUUGAUGGAUCUGUUGAUCUACACUUCGCAAAUUUUCUUCACAUGGUCAAAACCAUGUCAAAAUCUGGCUCCGCAGUGGAACAAAUUGAGUUUUUUAUUGUCAAUAAUCAGAAGGUGCCUCCGUUGCCUGAACAGGAACCUGCUUGGUCCUUUUCUUCAUCGUUUGUCGCCGAGGAAAUAUUUAGUCCCCCAACAGCUGAACUCCAACCUCCGGAUGAACCCAGACGCCCCCUCAAGCGUAAGAAGAACCCAGGAAUCAUUGAAAGCCACCCACCAAAUAAUCCUGAAACAGCACCUGAUCUUGAAACCUCUUACAUAAGCCAGGAAGAGAUAAAGGUGAAUGAUAUUGCAUCUUCAUCAGAGCUUAGCAAGCCUGUCGUGUGUGGACCCAUGGAAGAUACUUCGGUUCCCAUCAAGAUUGAAGGGGAUCAUGCCGUGAAAGAGAAUCCAACAACAGAACAUAUGCUAGGCAUACAGAGUACGAUGGAAGUUGAUGAUGAGCCUGCUUGUUUGGACUUGGAAGCAGGAAGCUCACCAAGUCUGAUUGAUGAAACUGAGCUAACCGACGUUGAUGAGAAACUUGCUGAUGUUGCAGAAGAUGGAAGCGGGUCAGGAGCUGGCACGCCUGGGAAAGCCACAGUUCACAAGCCAGACGAGCGGUCAAGAACCGGCAGGCUUGGUGAAGCUGCGGUACACCAAUACCUUGCCGGGCAGUUGGGACCUAGCAAUGUCAAGUGGGUGAAUGAAGAGAAGGAAUCUGGGUUUCCCUAUGACAUUGUCAUCACGCCCGAGGGUGGCGCGGCAGAGUAUGUGGAGGUGAAGGCGACCGUGACUUCAAACAAGGACUGGUUCCACAUCACACCCAAUGAAUGGCAAUUCGCGCUGGAGAAAGGGGAUUCGUUCAGCAUCGCCCAUGUCGUGCUGAAAGGCUCAGACAAAGCCAAUAUAAUGAUGAUGAAGAAUCCACAGAAGCUCUGCCACCAGAAGGUCGACGAUUUGAAUUUUGCUCUUGUUAUGUCGAAAAAAUAUAGAAAACUCAACCAAAUCUCAGUUUCGCUGAAGUCCGACUCGAAAUCGCCGACCCCCGAUGAAUCUGCAUCUUGAUCAAGCCUCACGCACCGAUGCCUCCGUGAUUUGUGUAACUCUUAGAUUUUGUGUAUAACUAGUGUAGCAGUGUAGCUCAUGUGUAGAGAAGUACUACUAGUGUAGGUGUAGCUCUCUAACCUGUCCCUUUGGCGGAUGUUACCUGAACCUGAACGUGUUUAGUGAUGGCAAUCUAGUGAGUGAAUGUCUGUCUCCA